GAACGAAGACGAGAAAGUACAAACACGUGCUUUUCGUGCCUUUCGGAACAUUGUUGGCUUCUGUUCUUCGACUGUUCAGGGAAAUAUAACUUGUUUCAAGCCAGGAGAAAUGCCGUCCCACGAUCCCUUCUAUGACAUGUCUGGAAGGGAUGCCUUCUUCGAUUCGACUAACGCGUGGACAACCAAUGAAUCGGAGAAAUCUGAAGAUUCCUCAGACAUGCUUUCCAGGUUGCGGUCCAGCAAGUCCCGGAAGUGCAUGUUCUGCGUCUGGAUUUUAUGCGCCUUAACCGUUAUUUCUGUAACCCUCUUGUUCGGCCAUCAUGUGAUACCCUCCAGUAGCCAAUUUGCAGGGCGACCUUCCCUGGAAGCAGCUGGAGAUAAGGAGCCUUUCGCUGAGGUUAACAUUGACACCCCAGAAACAACAAUGGCAUCCAGAGCGACUCAUCACAUUAUAGAUGAGGACAGCAGUAUUACUGUUACAGGAUUCUUUACAAAUCUCGCCACUGAAACGAGGCCAUCAAUGGCUAUUGGAGAUCCCCAAAAAUUCACAGAAUAUGAGACUGAAACAAGACCAUCCAUUAUCAUUGAGAACUCUACGAAAUUCACAGAAUACGCGCCUGAAACUACGCCCAGCGAGAACUCUUCUAGCACAACGCGUCUAACUACAAGGAGGAAGGGCAGGAGGAAACAUCUGAAGAAAAGGAGUUCAGGGCCAGCGAAACCGCUCAAUACAUACACAGGGGCAUCGCAGAGUACGAACAGUGCUACAGGACUGAGUGUACCGUGCACCACGGCGCAAGAGCUCCGCGGGGUUGAUAACGACACAACCAUCACAGCUUCGAGUCUGAACAGCUCCUCCUCCAGUCUUUCUGUUGGGGUGUAUUCUAGUUCAUCGGUCAGGACAUCUUCGGAAGUAACUGCUUUGACGACACUGACAGAAGUAACUCACCCUCCAGAAGCUACAACUGCUGUAGGCCCUGUACCAUCAUCGACUACCCUCGUGUGCACGAUUGGUAGAUAUUCAACAGUCCGAACAGUAUUUCCGAAGGACGGUGUUUGUUCUUUUACCUUCUAUGAUUCAGUCACAAUGGAUGGAAGACAUAACUUCAUUUCUUCACGAAACGUAGCACCUCCUGAUCCGUUCAGGCGCUUCCUGGAUGUGGCGAACGCGUCAACACUGACUUCUUAUGGAGUGUCCAUUACGUACAGAGACGUCGAACCAUGCUACGAGAAGCUGAACUCAACCGUGGGUGAAGCUUCAUUUAAGCGUCUUUGGAACUUGAGGAUCAGGCACCAUGGCAUUCUGGACUUGCCUCUGAGUGACGAAGACUCCCCAGUCUCGCAUGCGGAAAGUAUUCGGUUCAUAGUUCUCUUGCUGAUGACAUUGAAAGAACUACAACAUCGUAACGGCGGAGGAACUUCCAGUUACAUCUUCGUUGCGGUCAGUUCACCAUAUCGAGGUGACGCAGGACCAGACUCGGACUACACCUGGAGGCUUAACCGGUUGUUGACUCGAGCUCAAGUUGACGUGCUCAUUGUCAGGACUCAUUACACUGAGAGAGACGGUGGUCCGAACUGCAGAAUGACCGGGUCCAAUGCAUGGGAGCGGAGUUACGACUCAAAGAAACCUUCCAUUUUGGCCGGUGUUGAGUUGCUGCAGCAAAUUCAGCUGCCUCAUCGUGUGCGCUUCUUCUUCACGUUCACGCUCGCCGGGAGGAUCUAUGAGGCCCCGACAAAACUGGGACCCAUUCGGUCGAUACAGAAUAACCCCUGCGGGGCCAACGCAGGAUUCCAUCUGGAAAGCGUUCGUCGUGGAUGUCUGUCGGAUGUUACGUACACUUGGAAGGACAUUGAAGGUGUGCAAAUGUGGACAGUCCAUAACGAAGGUUCCUGGGUCUUCGUCUACGACAGGAAUAUCACCAUUCGUUCGAAGAUGUGCCACGUUGCGCAGUCUAACCUGCUGCGCGUACCAGGAUGGGCAGCGUUCGACCUGGAGUUUGCAGACGUGGACAACGUGUGCAGAGAUCGAACCUUCACCGACGGGUUUGCUUUUCUUCACUGGAUGAAGGCCUUCGCUAGGAGAAGCUUUGGUCCCAAGGAUCGCUGCUAGCCAACUCGAUGAUGAUAGGGACAAAUGCAGUCCGACGAUAAGCAAUUAUAAAGCUUGCAUCUUUCAUCGUCAAUUAUAAAGCAAAUUGUAAAUGA